AUGGAGAAUAGAGAUGGCAAUGCCGGUGGACCUAGUGAGCCGCCUGGAAUCGCUCCUCAGCAUGCACCACCCACGGGACUAGCCACCGAGGAAACGAACAAUGAAACUCCACAAGCUACUGUUUGCUCCCUCUUCCAUUCAGGUUUUCCGAUUUCCACUUCUAACCCACGUCACAGCUCGCGCAGCUGGCAAAAGUGGUCAACAGACCCGUCACACCCCCGCAGCAAUCAUCUGAUUCAGCUGGGGCCGCAUCGCAGAGGAAAUCGGCCAGGAGAACCCCCGGCGCAGGAAGACUUGCACCAUUGCCGAGCAAGCGCACCGCUAGAUCUCCGCACGCCAUCCGCGCGUUCGAGCAGCGCAGGGCGGCAACACCGGGGCGUGAACGUAGAAAGAGUGGGAGGUACCCAGCUGCGAGGGAGACGCCGAGGGAUUUGUUGAGGGCUUUGAGUCGGCGUGCGUAUUCCUUUGUUCCCUCCCUCCUUUCCCGUUGCGGGUCUGGCUGGGUUGCUAAAGUGAACCAGAACUCGCAACAACGUCCACCCAAUACGUCCCCUCCCCGGCAGAACCGACCCCUCGCCCCGCGCCCCGCCUCUCAUACUCUGACCGCCGCGCCUCGGACGUCGUAUUCUACAGCGACCCUGGGCACAACUCUGAAGAUGAGGACUCGGAGCUCCCGCCCGCGCCCAGGCUAAGCAUGAAUCUGAACGAAUUCGAACAAGCGGAGGACGAAGAAGACACCCGUCUUCCGGUCCCGAGAUAUUCACUGCCGCUGGAGAAUCUCGAAGAUGUGGAUUACACGCACACCUCGAUUGAGUUUGGGCGCAGGGCGGUUACGGAGAGGCCAUAUCGACCGAGUUUUGGCAUCAGGCUCAGUGAUCGGUUUGCGGACUUUAAUGGGGCUGCGGGGGGGAGUUCGCCGAGGACUGGAGGGUAUGAAGGUGGAGGUCAGAGAGAGGAGGAGGAGGAGGAGGAGGGGAUGGGGAUGGGGGCUAUGUGAGUUUUGAGUUUUUACUGUCCGUUCUUAUUGUUGGAAGUGGCUAAUUUGGGUAUGCAGUGGUGACGAGAGCUUUGCUAGUAGAAUGUCCGUUGUGAAUGAUGGCGAUGGGGACGUUACCGGUGAUAUCACUGAGACUUUGGGUGGGAAUUUAGAUUUAGAUGGGGAUGAACCGUCCUUUUUCUUGCCAGUUCCAGAAGAGGUGGGAGAAGAAUUUGCUCGGACGGAUGACAGGGAAGACGGUGAGAAUGGGGUACUGCCGAACGGAUAUGUGCACGACGAAGAAGAGGAAGAGGAGGAGUACAAUCUCCUAGAAGAAAUUUCAGCGCAAGAAGCUUCUUCCGCCGCAGCCGCAAAACCAGCCAGUAUGGCCACCAAGAAGAAACGCAAACCUCUCACACUCUCCCGACAUGGGAUCCCAUAUCCGCCCUUCUCCCGACCGGCCAUCAAGAAGAUGGCCACAAAGUUCUCCGGGUCCACCAUAUCCGCCGACACCCUCGACGCUCUUGCCGCCGCCAGCGAAGCCUUCUUCCAACAGGCGUCGGAAGACCUGGCGGCCUAUGCUAAGCACGCGGGCCGAAAAGUCAUUGAAGAUUCGGAUGUUGUUCAGUUACUACAAAGGUGUGUGUGUGCUCUUCCUCUAUAUUUAUUUAUUUAUUUAUUUAUUUAUUGAUGGGUAUUUACAAAUGUGACAACAGGCAACGCCAGCUCAACUCUCAGACCACGGCCUUUUCCCUUGCCCAACGCCAUUUGCCCAGAGAGCUACUCCAGGAGAUUCGCAUGCCCGUGAGUAAAGUUCGGCCCCGUCGGCGGCAGCGGCAAAGACCGAGCUUGCAAGCUGUCGAGGAGGAGGAGGAGGAGAAGGAGAAGGGGAAGGAGGAAUAGAUGCACCAGAACCUUAAUCUCUAAUAAUGGACUGAAAAUACAAUGUAUACUGCUAUUCUUUUUUCUUUUCUUUUUUUCUCUUCCUGUUAUCGCCGUUCAUGACCAGUCUGUGCUGUGCCGGACUCUCUUUGCGAUGUCUGGUGGGGGUUUGCGAACGAGCAUGUAGAACAUUACUGAGGUGGCGAGGGCGAGGCCGUACCUGAAUUGUAACCAUUAGUUAGCAUCGUCCAUCCCCCUUGCAGAGAGAGGGGGGGGGGAAGGUUACAUACCAAGUAACAAUAUACUGCAUAUGAUUAUUCCUCAAAUUCACCUCUGCAGUUCUAGCAAUGGGCACCCCCUUCUCCACAUUCUCCAAAGAAACCACAAAAUCCGGCUCCACCGUCUCCUCUAUCCAAACCGCCUGAGCCCCAACCAGCCUGGCCAUCCCC